AUGGCGCUCACAGAUGAGAAUCGAAGGACCUUCUUGGCACAGAAUGUUAGUGCCGACUUGGUUUAUCUUUGGGAGGAGCUGAAUGUCUCUCUGCUGCACCAGUACGAGUUGGGGCAGAAUUACCGUUCCAUGGUGAGGUUCGCGGCACUGGCCGACACACGGGCGGGUGCAAGAGCUGCUUUCGCCAGUGAUGUAACAGUGGAUCCGGACAAUGCUGCCGGCCGGGCGGCUCUGGCAGGACUGGUUGCUGCCUGGCAAUCCGCUCUGGACACCACGGAGCAGGAGAGAAAGCUCAAAGCAGAGGCACACGUUUUGGGGUUGCCAAAACCCCUUCCGGCCAAUGAUCGUCUGGCCAUGCGUGUAGCUCUUGAAGCUUCUUUAGGGUCCUUGGAAGAUCGUGAAGAACCUAGCUCAACCUACCUGGCCCUGAAGAUGGAGGAGGUUGAGACUGGAGAAAUCAAGGCUUCGCUCUUGGAUGAAGUUACUUGUACAGUGGAUGAAGUGAACGCCAACUUCCAGUCGUCUGUGGACUCCUCCGGCAGGUUGCGACUUACUAAGGAGCGCAAGAAGGCCAAGCUACCGACCGGGUCUGAAGAGCUCCGUCAGAGGCUUCGAGUGGAGGCUCACACAUUUCUGAUGCUGGCCUCACGCUUUCGCAACAAAGCAUGGUUCCAGGGAUUGAGCUCCAAGGAUUUUCUUCAGCAUGUUGACUACGUACUGGGCGACAAGAUCUACUUGUUGCAGACAGUGCGUCCUGAAGGGGGGCCCGCUAUGUCUUGGGCGAAUCCUUCUUGGCAACUGGUACUUAACUACGAACAUCGCUUGAGAAAGGAGGCUUACAAGCAGGCCAGCCGAAACAAUCGAUCCUUGACCGACACACUCAAGGAGGCCAGGGACAACGCCAUGCUCAAAGAGACCUAUUUCGUCGGGCCCUUGGCCAUGGAGAUGGCUUCACGUGCACAGUUCUCAGCCGGGCCGCCUGCAAAGUUUCAGAGGAUUGAUGGGACGCCACCGCCGCCGACCCCUGAUCCCAGCUGGGACCGUGAUCGCAAAGGAAAGGGGAAGGGCAAGGGCAAGUUUCUUGGUAAGCCUUCCAAGAAUGGCUUCGUCUUCCGCAAGACUCCGGACGGUCGUGAAAUUUGCUAUGGCUACAACAAUGGAUCAUGUCCGGGAAAUUGUGGGCGCGUUCAUGUGUGUCAACUUUGUCUUAAGCCACAUCCCCGCAGCGAGUGUAAGAACAGGGGUGACAAGGCCGAUGGAUUCUUGUAUCUCUUCGCUGGGCCUUCUCGCCAUUCAGAUGUGAAGAGCUAUCUCGUGGAGCUUUCCCGGAAGCAUGAUAUCAACCUUUUCGGACUGGAGAUUGAUCUCACCCGCAGUACAGAGCAUGAUCUUCGGUCAACAAGUUUGUGGGCCACACUGUCAGAGCUUCUUAAGGAAGCCGAUGCCGUUGUGCUGGCUCCUCCUUGCAACACCUUUUCAAGGGCGAGGGCGCGCUGGAGAGUAUCACCGGGGCCUCCGCCUUUACGUUCACUUGAGUACCUGCAUGGCUUUCCUUGGUUGUCUGACUCCAACAGAACUCUUGUGGAGGAUGCCAACUUCCUUGUUUCAAAGUCCUUUGAGUUUUGCCAGCUUUGUGUCGAGGCGGGCGUAGCCUUCAUCAUCGAGCACCCAGAACAGUUGGGCAAGGUGCAGCACAUGAUUCCAGGGUCCAUUUGGGACAUGGACGAGAGCAAGCAUCUGCUCUUGUUCGAAGGCGUGGAAACCUUCGCUUUCUUCCAGUGCCAGUGGGGUGAUGCUCUCAGUAAAAAGCCCACCCGGUUUAUGGCUUUCCAUGUUCACUGGGACACUUUCACCUCGUAUUCUGGUGUUCAUCGUCUGGCUUCGGAUGGUUCGUAUUCAGGACCUCUUCCUCGCCACUGUGGGCAUGUACAUGAGCCUCUUCUUGGAAAGGAUUCCGACGGUGAUUGGAAAACCUCGCGAUCUGCUGCCUGUCCUCCUAAUAUGUGCCAUUGGCUGGCCGCCAGCUUGCUUGGUCUUCGCGUUGGGGGGGGUUCUGCAGCAAGUGGCGCCCGCAUGACGACGUCCCAAAAUCUAGCUGCUGCUGUAUUGCAGCCUCCGGAGCUUUUUGAUUGGCAAUGGGCUCCCUGGUCCUUGGCAAAGGUGGCAUUCCUAGGGGAGCCCUCAUGUCCCCUGGAGAGCAAGUCUCGGGAGAUCGCCAUGUCUGGUAGAAUUUCUCAGGCCGACGUGUUUGCCCUUUGCGACCUGAUCACCGACGAGGAGACAGGACGGGGACGCAGGCCAGGGGAGCUGCCUACGGAGAAACUCUUUACCAGUGGGGCGUACGUUCAUGGCGGUGUCUGUGGCUUGCGCAAGCACUGCCGGGCCUCUCCUUGGACAACCGCCCUGCUGGCUUGCAUCAUCAACUGCGUUUGUCCUGGCUCUAAGUUCACCUCUGUCUUGCUGGGCAGGGACAUAAAGACGGGGCCUCAUAGGGAUGAGAACAACGAACCUGGCAGCCACAACAUUGUGGUUAAGGCUGCUUCCUUCUCUAGGGGCGGCCUGCUGCUGGAGGACGAGACUGGUGACCCGGACUGGGAAGGCACUCGAAUCGUGGUCAUCGGUUUCUCGAUCAGGGACCCUCAUAAGCUUAAGUCCGAGGAUCGAAAUUUCUUGGAACGGCUUCUAGGUGAUGAGGAUCAUGGGGACACGGGGCCUACACGCUCUACUUCUUCGAAGGUCAAGUCCCCCGACAUUGAAUAUCCAUUUCACGGCUACAUGGAGGCCGCGAGGAGCUACAACUACGGGGAUCCACUCACGGUUAGCUGGCGAGGUCUACAUCAAUCCAUGUGCGAUGGUUGCGGACUGAACAGCCCCGGAAGGUGGCGACCGGGGUCCCGAGGCCUGGGACUCCCUUGGGAGGCGAGUGAUCUUGCGCAGAGGAUUCACGGACUGCUUUUGAGGUUCGUCUCGGAGAACAUUGAUGACACCAAGAAGGCUUUCUUCCGUUUGGCUCUGGGCAGGAUGACUUCGGCCCCCUUCAGUCCGGAAAGCAUGGAGCACUUGCGUGAGGAGUGGUUUCGGCUGCUUCCUGACUCCAAGGCCGCCUCUAAGGUGGCGGAGGGCCAACCAUUCUACUUGGAGGCGCUUUCACAGACUAGUCGGCUUCUUGGAGAUGAGGACUGGGGGAUUCUGACGAGGGAUCCGGAGAACUACGCGUCGGGGCGCAAAGUGGGCGUCGACUCACCCUUCCCGAGGGUCCCUCUGGUGUUCCGGCCGAAGAAGAAGUGGAGUAACUAUGAUGAUUCACCUUACCAGGCGAUCAAUGCUAACUACUCCUCUGCAGCUCUGGUUCCGGAUCAGUUGGAGGCACAGUUCGAGGAAGAAGAAGCUCUUGGCAUGAUGUUUCCUUUGAGCGAGGCUGAGGCACGAAAAAGGUUCGGAGACAAGCUACAUGUGGCGUCCUUAGGAGCCAUCAUGAAGGACGAUGGCACGGUCCGAACCAUCUUUGACGGUACCCACUCCGUGAAGCUCAACAAUCGGUUUCGCAUUGAUGACCACUUAGAAUUCCCUGGACCAUCAUGCGUGGGACGUGCCAUGGAGGAGAUGGAGGACGAUGGUUACCAUCUUCUGAUUGGGGUGGCCGCGGAUGUGGCUAAGGGCCACCGAAGGUACAAACAUCGCUCGGAGGACCACGGCUACCUUGGCUGUAGGGCGCGCGAGGAUGGUCCCAUAUGGUUCAACCGGGUCGGGACCUUUGGCAUGGCAUGCGCUGCUUAUCACUUCGCCCGGCUUGUUGGGCUCAUUGGGAGGUGUGCACUGACAGUUCUGAUGACGAGCCCGCUGUUCCAGUUUCUCUUCGCUGACGACUUGAAGUUCUUCAGUGGUGGUCCCCGUAAGUAUGAUCAUGUCUGGACCAUUCUGGUUUUCUGGCUCAUGGUUGGGACCCCUUUCAAAUGGAGCAAGUUUCGUGGAGGGGUGCAACUUGAUUACGUGGGAUUCGCCUUUGACUACUUCCGCUUCUCCAUGGGUCUUUCGGAACGGAGGGCGAACUGGAUCAUCGAGUACGUGAAUGCUGCGCGACGUGACCGUGGCUUGCUCGACCAUCGGAGGUUCGUGGAGUUUGUGGGCCGUCUGGUGUACGCUGGCCAGGUCCUUUACUGGCUUAGGCCAUUUAUGGCUCCAUUGCAUCGCUGGAAGGGUGCUCAGGUUCCGGGCACGGUCGCAGUUGCGCCAAGGCUUGUGAUGAUCACUCUGGAGUACAUUCGCUCGAUGCUUCUUGAGGGCCACGCGCAGGUUUCAUGUCGGGGUGCACGCCCAGCCGAAGCUGAGUCCUUUCGCACGGAUGCCAAGGCGGCCGAGGACUUUUAUGUUCUGGGAGGUUGGGAGACUUGCCACUCUCUUGAUCCUGGGCGCGCUAGGUGGUUCUCUCUUAAGGUGCAUGCGCAAGAGAUACCGGCCCUUUUCAAUGAUCGCGGCACCGCUGAGGGAAUGAGCACUGUGGCGGAGCUGUUGGCCACCCUUGUGGCUUUACACGCAUUUGGCUGGCUAGAGACUAGAGGACGAUGCUUUUCAGUAUCGGCUGGCACGGACAACUUGGCUAAUGAAACAGUGACGGCCAAGAAUAGCACCUUGAAGUUUUCGCUGGCGUAUGUGCAGAUGCAGUUGUCUCAUUCCUUGUAUAAAUGUGGAGGUCACUUGAAGCUCAAUUGGAGGCCGCGUGAAGUUAACACCAUCGCGGACGACUUGACAAACGAAUCGUUUGGGGCUUUUGAUCCCAAUCUCCGCAUCCUCGUCUGUUUGAAGGAUUGUGAUCUUAGCUUGCUCCGAAAGUUGUCUCAGCAUCAUGAUGAGGUUUCCAGCUGGAGUCAGAGGGGAGUAUGCCGUGCCCCAUCUUCUCUUCGCAAGCGCAAGGACAAGUAUGACAAAACCAAGUGGGGCUGA